AUGCAAAGCAACCCGGUCGUCUCCUUCUACACGCAAGACCCCACGGCGACCUUUGCAAGACAGACGUUUGGCCGCGCAGGCGCCGCCAAACUCUGGAGCCGCAUCCUUCAAGACGGUGACACCGACAACCGCAAAGUGCGAGCGUUGGUCAGAGGCACCCGUCCUCACGAGAUCGCCCACAGUAGCGUCAAGAUACGCAUCGACGGAUGCCCUCCUCCGCCUUGCGCCGCGCAAGACGGGUAUGCCUGGAUCAUGGACUACGCCUGCGACUGUAUUGGAAACCAAGCCGAGCGCAUCGUGCGACAGAAACUCUUCGUCAUUCACUCGGCCGCUAGCAAGCCAACCGGCGAGGAUAAUGCGAGAUACAAGGGCAUACCUGCGCCUUUCUUCUUCUUGCGCAAGGGAGACCCGUACGGUUGGACCGUCGGGAUAUCGCUACAAGAGCUCGACGACGGCAAGAUUUCGACCGUCUUGGCCGAUAUGGAAAAACCAUAUGCGCAGGGAAUGUUCAUGGACAGCUGCAGUCGUGCCGCGACGGCAGUCUUCCCGUGGAAGGGCCGAUGGCACGAGCAUCGUUACCAACCGAAGGACCCAAGAAGAGCGCUGACUAACCGCGAGUUCGUGGUGAACGCAGCUCACGCGAUAGAACACAUCUGGAAGACGCUCGGUAUCCCGAUCUCCCCGUCUGCUCGUGCCAGCGUGAAGCUGAUCGGCGUCUUUUACGUGUCCAAGGGGCGGUACCAGGCUAUACUGGAGGCUCCUCUCACGGAGAGGUUGCACGAGCACAGUUCGUGGUGA